AUGUGGGCAUUUUUUCCCGGAGCCAUUGCUUUAUUGGGAUCUGUGUUUUUGAUAAUGCUACGAAACCGAACGAAAAAACCUAUCAAAUCAUCACCAGAGCCUUCCAGAGAGAAGCAGUCAUUACCGGUUAAGGAUGAACCAGGGGUCUACAAGAGCGGACUUCUACUGUCGGACGAUGAGAAAGUUAUAGAGAAGGUUUUUCCAGAAAUUCAUACCAUAUGGGAUGUAUUCAACAGAGGACUCAAAGAAAGUAAAGAUGGACCCUGUGUAGGAACACGUCAAGAUGGGCACUACCAUUUCCGAAAGUAUUCUGAGGUGCUAAAAGAAUCAACCGAUUUCGCGUCAGCAAUUAUAGGCGAGCUCGAAACGAAACCAGGUACCAAGCUGAUUUUACUCCUUUUUUCCUAA